AUGUAACUUAAAGGAUGUGCUACUAGAUUGGUAAACCUAGGACAAAUAUACAAUAGCUGUGCAAAUUGGAAAAAAGGCAUAUCUUAGCAAAUAGAUGAAAGUAGUAGUGAAACAUGCAAUUUACACGAUCUGUAAUACUGUCCUCUUGAAAUAACUGACGACAUUGUUGAUUUAUCAGCAGUUUUUAAGAUGUUUUAAUGUGAAAAUUGGGAUUAUAGAGAAUAGUUAAUUCGUAAGUACUACCAUACUGACAAAGCAUACCUUGCUCACCCUCUGACCAAAUUAUUCGGAGAACAUUAGAGACACAUUAAUUAUUUAGCUUCUUGGACUCUAAAUUAAUCUGUUGGAUAUGAUACAUUAGAUGAAGCUAUUCAAUAAAAGCAUGAAGUUAUCAUAGACACAAAGAAUGGAAUAAUGCAUACAAGUCUUUAGAGAAAUCAGACAUUAGUUGAAGAAAGAAGACAACUAAGAAAAAAUCAAAAUAGAGGUGAUCUUUAGUAGCAUAUGCUAUUAGUUUUUAUUGACACAUUAUCCAGGCCAAGAUUUCAUGCAAAAAUGAAAGAAACAGUUUCCUUUUUAAGAGAGAGGGAUCACAAGGAAUUUAUGAGAUUUCAUUCAAUUUAUGGAAGAACUUAGGAAAAUGCAAUAGCAUUUUUGUAUGGCAAAGUAUUAGAAGAUUUCCUUAACUCCACAUAUGAUCCCAAAGAUGGAGAAACUUUUAAAUGGAAAAAGUCAGAUGAAAAAUGGGACUCUAUAUAUGAUUAUUUUCACAGCUAAGGAAUUAUAACUGGAUAUUCUACUAAUAAUUGUGAAACUAAUUUUUUCUAUUGGAGAGAAUUCUUCUAUCCCUAUCUGAAGAAUACCGCUGCUGAUCAUGAGCAUCUUACACCAACUUGUGAUCCUCAUAUCAGAGAAAGAUUAUCUGAUGAUAUCGAGUUUGUCAGCACAUAUUCAUCUACUAGACGUUGUUUAUAUUACAAAGAUUCCUUUGAGUAUGUAUUUGAUUACUAUAGAGAAUUUAAAAAGGCCUAUGCAAACGAAAAUACAGUGUUUAUUAUGAAUUUUAUGGAUAUGCAUGAAGGAACUGGCGAAGUAAUAGAUUAUUUGGACAAACCAUUGUCCAACUUCCUUAAAUAAAUGGAAGAUGAAGAUACUGGCCUUAUAUUAUUUAGUGAUCAUGGAUUACAUAUGUCUGGAUUUAAACUCAAAUUAGGUGGGUAAGAGGCUGAUAUGGAACGAGUCUUACCAUUUUUAAUUACAUCAAAUAUUAGAGGAUUAUCUAUAGAACAGGAAAAUAAUCUUGAAUAAAACACUUAGAAGAUUGUUACUCAUUUUCAUUUACGAAAUUUUAUGAUGUAUUGGGCAUCUGGUGAAAUGAAUGGUGAAAAAAUGAACCUCAUUUCUAAACUCCCUCAUAAUAAUGAUAGAUUAUUAUGUGAUUGGAUCGGAAUUUAAUGCAUUUGUGAAAAUUUCCCAAAAACUAAAAGAGAUAUGAAAAUAGAGUGGUGA